UUCAUGCCCUUUCCUCGAAUAACCCAAUUACAAGCCCUAAUGCUCUUUGAUAUCCAUUCGGUGCAACCAAUCCCAUCUAAUCCAAGCCCCGCUCUCCCUUUCUCUCUCUCUCUCUCUCUCCUCUCUGCGGAAGUACAACCGAACAUUCCUCCUCUUUCUCUCUCUAACGAUAAUUCAUCGGAAAAUAAUCAGACGGCCAAGAUGAUGCACAUGGCCUUCUACUGGAGCCGAGAGGUGACUCUGUUGUUCGACUCGUGGACGACCGAGUCAUGGACGAGUUACGGACUCACCCUCCUCGCUUGCCUCCUCUUCUCCAUCUUCUACCAGUACAUGGAAGCUCGUCGCCAACAAUUUCAGCUCCUUUCCGUCAACAACAAGCCCUCCUCCGCCGCCGCCGCGACGCAGACUGCGAUCGACACGCCCCUCCUCUAUCCCAAGCUCACGCCGGCCUCCCGGAUCUGGAGUCCGGCGAGGUUCGCCGACGCCGUUCUGUUCGGCAUCAACUCGGCGAUCGGAUACCUCCUGACGCUGGCGAUCAUGUCGUUCAACGGCGGCGUCUUCGUCGUUAAAUUGGAUCUGUUUAUCUCGAAUGACCCAGUUUCAUUUUUCGAUAAUUUCAUUUCUCUCUAUAUAAUAUAUAUAUAUUUGUCUCAAGAUAUGUAAAUUGUGGGGAUUUGAAUCAACACCGAAUGGACAUGAAAGAGCA